CAAGAUCAAGGUCAAGAUCUCAAUAUGUAAACAAAAAACACGUGUUGCAGCAGAUACUAGCAGCAGUACCACCACCACCACCACUACAAUUACAGCUAAGGAGAUGGAAGUGGAAGAGGAGGAGGAGAAAAGAAGAGGACAAACAGAGGAAGAGGAGGAGGGGAGGAGAAGAAGAGGACUAACAGAAGUAGAAGAGGGAGAGGAGGCAAAGAAGAGGAAAGGAGAGAAAGACAAUGAGAAGAGAAGAAAAGAAAAACAAGAAAAACAAGAAAAAAUGACAAACUCACUUAAACACCAAACAAACACACAAACACACACACCCCAAACACUCCCAAACACCCCAAAAACAUCCCCAUUUGAGCCAGAAACACCCCAAGGGACCCCAGACCAGCAAAACAGCCCCACACACCCACCAAACACAGCUACACCCCACCCAAACACCGAAAAUAAGCCCCCGUUUGAAUCAGAAGCCCUCCAAGACACUGCUACACCCCAAGCAAAACAUCAGACCACAACUACACCCCACCCAAACACACCCGAAGCAACACACCCCUCUGAGACAAACACAGGGGCCCGGAUUUCCAAACGACAGAUGAAACGGGCACUGAAACACGCACGCUGGCUGGAGGGGAAGGCCGACAGAAGGCGUAGACAGAGAGAGAAGGAGAAAAAGAAGCGUUUAAUGGGUCUCACAUCAUCCGGACCGUCUCGAAAGGCUCUGAAACGAGUCCGGAUGUCGGACAGCGCGUGCAAGGUUCGUGUAGCCAUUGACAUGUCCCUGGAAAGCCUGAUGGACGACAGGCGGCUGGGGCAGUGCGUCAGGCAGAUCGGAAGAUGCUACAGUGCGAACAGGCGAGCACUGCAGCCUUUACAACUUUACGUGACCUCGUUUCAAGGUCGCCCGAGGUCACAGAUGGCAACGCAGGUCGGAUAUGAAAACUGGGACGUCAAUUUCCAGUCCCAGCACUACCGGGACAUCUUCGCGAAACCGGACAUCGUGUAUUUGACGUCGGAAAGUGCAAACACACUCACGGAAAUUGACGAAACCAAGGCCUAUGUCAUUGGAGGCCUAGUCGACUACAAUAGGCUUAAAGGGCACUGUUUAGGCCUAGCAGAGAGGGAGGGGGUAGCAACGGCCCGCCUCCCUCUCUCCGACUACUUAGAUAUGAAAAGCAGGAAGGUUCUAACGAUCGACCAGGUGUUUCAAGUGCUGGUGGGGGUGGUGGAGGGGUGUGGGUGGAAGGAGGUGCUGCUCUCAACCCUUCCGCUGAGAAAAGGUGCGCGGGGUAAGGACAAUGAGGGGGAGGAGGAGGAGGAGGAGGAGGUGGAGGAGGAGGAGGUGGAGGAAAUGAAGACUGUGGAAGAUGAGGUAGAUGAAAAGAGAUUUGUAGGGGAGGAGGAGGAGGAGGAGGGAAUAACAAGAAAUAAGAAUUAAAGAAAACUGUGGAAGAAGAAGAAGAAGAAAAAGAAAGAAGAAGAAGAAGAAGAAGAAGAAGAAGAAGAAGAUGAUGAUGAUGAUGAACAAAAAGAAGAAGAGAUAGAAGUCAAAUGAGAGAGAGAGAGAGAGAGAGAGAGAGAGAGAGAGAGAGAGAGAGAGAGA